AUGAAUAUUCGACAUGAUAAACAAGAUUUAUUAGAACGUUUAUUAAACGAUAAUGGUGAAACUGGUUUAACUUUACAUAUUGAAUAUAAAGUAAAUGGAUUACCAACAUCAGAUUUUUAUCAUUCAUUAGAUGAACAUCAACUUUCUAUUUAUAUGACAACUGUACCUGAAAACAAACUUCCAAAAAUAUUUAAUUCAACGGAAGGAACAUUUCUUCAAGGCACAAUGACAUUUCCCAAAAAUGGAAAAAUGAAAAAAUUGGUUCAACCUAGUUCAUCAUCUUCAUCAAGUUCUUCGAAAAAAUCUUCAUCGAGCAGUGUUAGUAGUGGAAGCAAAAAACAAGUAAAUUCACCGACGACAACAAAUAAAGAAGGAACAACAAAUAGUCCAUCAUCACGAAAAGAUCGACAAUAUCAACAUGUAUUAUGA